AUGGUCAGUUUUGUCAUUUUUGGCCUGGCACUCAAAGUGUUAAACGGCCUAGACGCAAUGUCGCGAACCGUGCAGGAAUCGUCCUCGCAGACGUGCUGGUCACAAUUUGUAGGAGGCGGAGGAUGUGAGGCAGCGGGAAAUACGUUCGUUGGCCUUGUCGUAAGUCGGGAAAAAUUGACGGCUUCGGAAGUGCAUCCGACGGCAAAGGAUAUGUGCAAGCCGACGUCGCAGUCGUGCCGAAAUCCCGUCCGGCCGACGACUGUGCCGCGACCGACCGAAGUCGUUCAAGUCGAAGACGAGUCUGCAGACGGACGACCGAAUGCCAAACUCUGA